UCCAGCGAAAUUCACGAUACAUUAGCAAUGACCAACAUGGAUCUCUACAACAUGCCCGGUGCUCCGGCCAGCCGUGCCAUCCAGAUGACUGCCAAGGCCUUGGGCCUUGAACUGAACACCAAGUUCAUAAACACAAUGGCGGGAGAUCAACUGAAGCCGGAGUUCGUGAAAAUCAACCCACAGCACACCAUUCCCACCCUGGUGGACAACGGAUUCGUCGUCUGGGAGUCCCGUGCCAUCGUGGUUUACCUGGUGGAGAAGUACGGCAAGACCGAUUCCCCACUCUUCCCCAAGGAUCCCAAGAAGCGAGCUCUGAUCAACCAGCGGCUGUACUUCGACAUGGGAACCCUCUAUGACGCCCUGUCCAAGUACAUAUUCCCCAUCUUCCGCACGGGCCAGGUGGGAGGCCAGGAGGCUUUGGAUAAGUUCAAUGCUGCCUUCGAGCUCCUCAACACCUUCCUGGAGGGCCAGGAUUACCUGGCAGGCAGUGAAUUCUCUGUGGCCGACAUCGUCAUCCUGGCCACAGUCUCCACCAUCGAAAUGAUCACGUUUGACUUGCAGAAGUUCCCUAACGUGGAGAGGUGGUACAAAAACGCCGAGAAGGUCGCUCCUGGUUGGGCCGAGAACUUGGAGAGCAUUAAGCAGCUCCAGAGCCAGCUGGCAAAUAGAUUCGCAAUGCCCAACAUGGACUUCUACAACAUGCCCGGUGCUCCGGCCAGCCGUGCCAUUCAAAUGAUCGCCAAGGCCGUGGGCGUCGAACUGAACUCCAAGUUCAUGAACACAAUGGAGGGAGAUCAACUGAAGCCGGAGUUCGUGAAAAUCAACCCACAGCACACCAUUCCCACCCUGGUCGACGAUGGAUUCGCCAUCUGGGAGUCGCGUGCCAUCGCUGUUUAUCUGGUGGAGAAGUACGGCAAGGCCGAUUCCCCACUCUAUCCCAAGGAUCCCAAGAAGCGGGCUCUGAUCAACCAGCGGCUGUACUUCGACAUGGGCACCCUCUAUGACGCCCAGGCCAAAUACUUCUUCCCGCUCUUCCGCACUGGCAAACUUGGAGAUCAGGAGGCAUUGGACAAAGUUAAUACCGCCUUCGGAUUCCUCAACACCUUCCUGGAGGGACAGGAUUUCGUGACCGGCAGCGAACUGACCGUGGCUGACCUCGUUAUCCUGGCCACCGUCUCCACCAUCGAAAUGAUUCCGUUUGACAUUCAAAAGUUCCCGAACGUGGAGAGGUGGUACAAGAAUGCCCCAAAAGUAGCUCCAGGCUGGGACGAAAACUUGGAGAGCCUCAAGAAUGCUAAGAAGUUCCUGGAGGAGAAAUUAGCGGAAAAGAAGUAAGCUGUAUAAAUGAGUAUAAAUAAAAUGUAAUGAUUGCAUGUAGUUUGUAAAAGCUAUUGGUUUUAA